AUGGAACCUAUGAAGCUAACAGCAGCCCUUUCGUCAAAUCUCGAUCAUACAGAUAAAUUUAUUAAAGAGAACAAGGCACUGAAACAAAAAGUUGAUGCAUUAGAAAAAGAAAAUAUACUAUUAAAAAAAUCCAUAUAUGAUUUAUCUGUAAAGUUUUCUGCUUCUUCCCAUCAAAGAGCUAGUCCUUUUAUUAUUGAUCUAGAAGCUUGCGGAGUUGUUCCGCAGGAUAACGGUGGUGGUAAAGAGAUUAGCUUAGAGAAUUCUACUUCUGGUGGGAUGAGUAAUAAUGCGAUUGAAAAACAUCAUGAAGGAAGAACCUUUCAUCUAAGAUCUGAAUUUAAGGGACACGGAGGAGCAGUUCACGCGAUUCAUUUUUCACCAUGUGGAAAAAUGCUUGCGUCUGGAUCAUUUGACAAAACCAUUCGAAUAUGGGAUACCAUAUCAUUGCAAAACGAGCAAGCAUGCUUAAAAGGACAUAUGUUAAAUAUAUCAGAUGUUUGCUGGUCUCGUGAUUCAACAUCAUUAUUAUCAGGAGCUUAUGAUCAAACAUGUAAAUUGUGGGAUGUAGAAACGAAUAAAUAUAAUUCAUUUGAAAACGAAGGAUUUGUCCAAUGUGUCAUGUUCAAUCCUGCAGAUAAUAAUUUGUUUGCAAGUGGAACUUCAAGAAAGAUAUUAACAUUAAUAGAUAUUCGUAAACCUGAAAGUGCACUUGAAUUUAAAAAUGAUGGAAUGAUAAAUUCACUUUAUGUUUGUCAAGAUGGGCAAAAUAUUAUUACUGGAGAUUCCAACGGAUUCUUAAAAACAUGGGAUAUCAGAACCGGAGACGCAUUAGAAUCGAUUUUGAAUGAACCAACAAGGAAGCCGAUCUCACAUAUUGCUGUUUCAAAAAGUCUUGGUAAGGAUUAUAGAAAUGUUUCACGAUUGAAUUUGUUUAAUCACGCCGCUAAAUUCAAACGAAUUAUUACAGGUGAUGAGGAAUCUAGGUAUAUGGCAGUUAAUAGUUACGACAAUGUUAUAAGAAUAUAUGAUCGUGGAAUUGAGCCACCGAAAUCUCAACUGAGAAUCGUUCACGUAUUGAAGGGCUACAAGAAUAAGGGAUGGCCCAUAAGGUCCUCUUAUUUCCUCGGAAAAGACUAUCAAUAUUCAACAGUACAAAGGUCAAUGCAUAAUGACAUUUUUGAUGCUGGGGAUCCUAAAACGGACCCCGCGGAUAACGUUACAUAUGAGAGGGACAAGCCAUUGGAAGCAAGUUUAUUGUUGGCCACGGGAAGUGCAGAUCCGUACGCGUAUCUGUAUAAUGUUGGUGGACCAGAGGGUACCGGUGAGUUGAUUCAGAGAUUGGAAGGACAUACGGACUUUGUGUAUGCGGUUGACUUUCAUCCAUUUGAACCGUUCUUGGCUAGUUGUUCUGCUGAUUGUACUAUAAAAGUUUGGGCUCCUAAUACAAAAGGAAAGAAAAAAAGUUAA